AUGUUCUCUAGCACCAAAUGGGAGGAAUGUAAAUUUUCUAGUACACCUAAAGGGAUUGCCUCAUAUAAAACAGUGUCAAGUGUCCAAUUUUGGUCCGGUGUGGGACAAUGUUUAAAGGUGUUCUCCCCUUUGGUGAAAGUCCUUCGAAUGGUUGAUGCGGAUUGGAAGCCCUCAAUGGGUUUUGUUUAUGAGGAGAUUAAUGUUGCUAAAGAAGAAAUUAUCACAUCAUUGGUCGGUAAUGAGAAAGCUUACAAGCCUAUUAUAGAUAUCAUAAACAAAAAGAUGAAAGCUAAUUUAAUGGAAAAAAACCAAAAGCGAAAAGAUGGAAAUAUGGAGGUGUUGUUAACAAAUGAUUCACUCUUGGCUAAAGAAUGGAUUGUUGAUGUAGAUGAGUUAGACCCCGAAACAGUUAAUGAAGAUCUAGGAACCAAUGAUAAUCAAGCACCCCGAGAAAGUCCAAGAAGGAGGGAACUUUCCGAUGAAAAUUUUGAGUCCGAGUGUGAGGAGGAAAUGUUAGAAGAAGACAAAUAUGAGUCGGAUGGGGUUCAAAUAAUGGAAGUGUGUGGAGAAGAUUAG